AUGUUCCUCAGACAACCACUUGCAGCACAGAGACUCGUGCGUUCUUCAUUUCUGCAAUCUUUUAGGUUCCAGUCCACGUCAAAUACAGCUACUACAGUGGAAGCAGUCAAUUCAGUAACUUCCAAACGUGCCAUAAAAGACACUGGUAUUGCAGAUGCAAUGUACAACGCCAAGUCAGGCUCUCUCUCUAAGAACAGGUUUUUGAGAAGCAAGGAAGCAAACGAAAAGGUCUUCAAUGACCCAUUUGUCUUUGCUUCCAGUUUUAUUGUUCCUGAUAAAUUAGCAGGUAGAACCGUCAAUGUCCAACACAAAGAUCUAUCCAGAGCCAUUAGCCAGUUGGAUAUGCUUGUCAAGAACAACAAGUUGAGAGAAAUUUCUCAGAGCCAGAGGUUCUUUGUCAAGCCAAAUAAGAGACGCUUGGCUAAGAAGGUUGCCAACCGUAAGAAGAUAUUCGAAUCUGGUAUUGCCAAAUUAUUCAGUGUUGUUAGAGAUGCUGUUAGAAAAGGUUACUAG